AUGGAUAUAAGUCGAUCUCAUCUAGAUGUUGAGACAGGAGAUGUCUUGGAAAGAAGGCAUUCGGAUACCUCAAUGCUCCAGCCUCAACAUCAUAUGAUCCCUCAUCCUGGUUAUCAACAUCCACAUUUUGCUAUCAUCUUUCUUGAUCAUGAUGGCCGCAUUAAGGUGGAGUCCUCGCCAUCAAUUGCUGGAUGUGGCGGUGCCAUAUUCACACCGGACGUGACAGACCGGUUCAUGGAAGUGGCUAUUACCGAUAACGAAGCUAUGAGGUUCAACAACUCGAUCCAGGCACCCCCUUCACCAUGGGACAUGCAACCACAACCACCACAAGCUGAAUGGAUUUCCACAGCACCAGCUGAUAUGAUACCCUGCGAGUGGCAGUCACUUCAAGGCCGACGGAAAAGACGUGACGGAAAGCGAAGAAAGACCUCCACUCGCGAUACUAAGCGCAAAUUAAACCCUAAGUCAAGAUCCAACUCUAAAUCACCAGCACCUAGCCCAAGCAUCGGGCACACCAUCCUUCGUGUUGGAGACCGCGACCUUCUACGAAGGUACUAUGAGAAAGCAUUCGAAGAUUUCCAGCAAUUGAACUGUCGCGUGAUUGCCAAGUCAUACAUCAAACUAGUGGAACCGAGAAAGCAGGUUCAUUUCCCUUAUAACGGACGCAAGGUCGUCUCCGGUGAAUCGAAACGCGUUGACCCUGAAUUGACUAAGCCUGCAUGGUGGCCAGCUGGUGUCUUGCACAAGGAACCUGACCACCUCCUCAUGCGUGAUCGCCUCCGGCUCCUAGUUCAUAUCCUUUGCGAGCUGAAGGAUAGCCAUGGAAUUACUUCAGAAAGACUUCGCGAGGCGAGUCAGGAUGUACGACGCCAGAUCAACCCACAGCACAGACUUCAAGUGCUGGAUGAAAUUUAUUUUGUGCGACACAUGGAGGAGAGAUACCUAAACGGAGAACUUGAUGGAAACACGAGACUGCAGGUGUCCAAAACACACCUCCCCGAAGCCAUCUUCAUGGAAGAUGAGAUAUCAUCGAGGUUCCCUGAGGCUCCCCUCACCAUCUCGGAUAUGGAAUUUGACAAUUACGAUCAUGGUUACCAAAGCCCUCGCUCAGAAGAUGGAGAUCGUGCACCGCAUUUCCACCACAAUGCUUUGCCUCCUUCUCCCACCAGUGACUCGAGUGAACCACAUACUCCGACGAUCGGGUUUGGAACGCAUCCAUCUGGUAUGACACAGUCCUUUGUUCCAAAUGGGUCACCAAAACCAGUGCUCACGGACCCGAGCCUCCUGCCUAGCUAUUUCCCUCAGCCAUAUCCCCCUGCUGCAAGAGAUAUGGGAUACUGGCCUGGCAUGGCCUAUAUGCCGCAGGCCCAUCACUACGGAUACUGA